UUUUUCUAGAUCUAUCAUGAUCACAUUUUUAGACGAUAUUCUGCAAUUUCAUUUUCACAUCUGCCCAGGCUAGAUCUAUAGCCAGGCCUAGGUCUAGUCUAUACACCGUUCAACCACUCUUCUCGGAACAUUCCCGUGCUCUUGUUUCAGCAUGCCUACAGAUGCAGAGACUCUCGCCGAAAUGGGGUUCCCCCUCAAUAGAGCGCAAAAGGCUCUCGCUAGAACUGGGUAUAAAGGUGUGCAACUGGCGAUGGAUUGGCUUUUUGCCCAUGCUGAUGAUGCUGACAUAGAUGAACCUUUUGAAGUUCCUGCCGGAAACGUUUUAGGCAAAGAGAGUGAGAGUAGUUCUGCCUCAGGGGAGGGAAGUGGAGGGACGGAUGAGAGUCAAAAAACAGAGACAAGUGAUGGUGCUGCACUUUUGCUGGCGAAAUCCCUCAAGUGUAAUGAAUGUGGCAAGCUUUUAAAGAGUGAGAUUGAUGCCCAGGCUCAUGCAGCCCGCACACAACAUACAGACUUCUCAGAGAGUACUGAAGAAAUCAAACCUUUGACUGAGGAAGAAAAGAAAGAGCAGAUGAUCAAGCUACAAGACCGUUUGAAACAGAAGAGGCUUGAAAAAGAGGAGCAAGAGAAGAAAGAGCAGAUCCAGAGAGAGAAAAUGAGGAGAAAUCAAGGUCGUGACCUUGGAAUGGCUAAGCAAAAGAUGGAGGAAGCGGAAAUGAGAAAAAUAGCAGAAGAACGGAAACGUGAGAAAAUGGAAGAGAAGAUGGCAAGACAAAGAGUCAAGGAGCAGAUAGAAAAAGAUAAGAGGGACAGAGCUGCUAAGUUUUCCAAUCAGAAGCAAGAAGCGACGGCUUCACCAUCUUCUGCACCAGCUGCACCAGUUCCAGCGGCAGCACCAGCAGCCCCGAAAGAGUACACAGACUGCAGGCUACAGAUACGGCUGACGAAUGGUCAGGCUCUCACUCAGACUUUUGGGGCCAAAGAACCACUUAGCGCCGUCCAUUUGUACGUGGAGUUGAACAGAACCGAUCCUGCAGGUCCCUUCUCCCUGAUGACUUCAUUCCCUCGAAAAGUUUUCAGCUCGGAGGAUAUGGACAAGCCAUUAGAGUCAUUAGGUCUGGUUCCAUCAGCAGUGAUCAUGGUGACCAAGCGACAGUGAUGACGGCUACAUUUCAUAUAAGAUCUUUAGUGACUGUACAUUUUAUAAUACAUCAUAAUAACAUGUAUGCAAGACAGUUGUCUUUAAAUAGCAAUUUAAAAAAGGAAAAACUUUGUGUUCAUGGCCAAUGCUGGUUUGAAAUAUCUUAUUUCAAAAUGUCCUAUAAUCUUCAAUAAAAAUAUCCUCAAUAGAUGAUUUUAGAAUGCAUCUAAAAAAUUUAGUAUACUUUUAUACCAUAGGGAUUUUCUAUUGUUGACGGCUGUCACUGAUUAAUGAAUGUAGUGAUAUUCAGCACUGUGUAUGGUUACGUAAAUUUGGAGUUGCUCAAUGUUGAGUCUCCAGUUCAUUGUUUCUCUUUGUAAAACUCCUUGCAUGGCAAAAUAGUAGCUCUUGGGAACUGGAGAAUCCCAUUUUUUAGAUUAAUGGAAGCACUUUCAUAACGGAAUUUCAAAAGUGUUGCAAUGUUUAUGGUGAACAUUUAGUUGAAGGGCAGAAGGCUGCAUGAACCAGCUAUUACCUCUUCACUGCAUCUUAAUUUCUUUGAUCUAAGUUGUAAUAACAUUGCCCAAACUUCAUGGAAAUGAGCAAAUGUUACAGCUGUCAGUCACGUUUUCUAUAAAGUGACUUACUAUCAGAACUUGAAAAAAAAUUUUCAGUAGUCAAAUCUUUUUUACAGUUGAGAUACUUAUCAACUUCAGGAAGAUAUCAGUGGGUUUUUUUCUGAAAUACAUAUUUUUUAUGUCUGGGUUUACUUCCUAAAAUGCAUAUUUUCAUCUUUACUAUUUUUUGGUCAUAUUUUGAGGGAUGAUUUUAUUUAAUAAUAAAAACUGUUUGAUCAAUACCGUA